UGUAUGGACCAUGUGUCCAUAUGAUAUGACUGAUAAUUUGGUGCUUCAAGAGAAAGUAGAAAAAAAUGGUUGGGGAAGGAGAAAAGCCAAAGGCAGUGAUUGUGGGGGGUAGCAUAGCUGGAAUAUCAUGUGCACACUCUCUAACGUUAGCUGGUUGGGAUGUGCUUGUGAUUGAGAAAACAACUUCACCUCCAACAGGAAGUCCCACUGGUGCAGGUCUUGGACUAGACCCUUUGUCUCAACGAAUCAUUGAGUCAUGGCUUUCACAGCCACAACUCCUACAUAACACAACUUUACCACUAACUAUUGAUCAGAACCAGGUAACUUAUAGUGAGAAGAAGGUUAGUUCAACAUUGACAAGAGAUGAGAGUUUCAACUUCAGAGCAGCACAUUGGGCUGAUCUUCAUGGUCUUCUGUAUAAUGCACUGCCACCAAAUGUAAUUUUAUGGGGUCACCAUUUUCUCUCUUUCCAUAGUGUAGAUGACAAGGGUUCUGUCAUAAUAAAGGCUAGAGUUCUCAAAACUGGUGAGGUCAUUGAGAUAGUUGGGGAUUUGCUUGUUGCAGCAGAUGGUUGUCUCUCCUCCAUCCGCCAGAAAUAUCUCCCUGAUUUUAAACUGAGAUAUUCAGGCUAUUGUGCUUGGAGAGGUGUUCUUGAUUUCUCAGAAAAUGAGAAUUCAGAAACCAUCAUCGGUAUCAAAAAGGCAUACCCUGAUAUAGGAAAAUGCUUGUACUUUGACUUGGGCUCAGGUACACACAGUGUGUUCUAUGAGCUUCUAAACAAAAAGCUCAAUUGGAUUUGGUAUGUGAAUCAGCCAGAGCCUGAAGUUAAGGGAACCUCAGUGACAAUGAAAGUAAGUAGUGACAUGAUCCAGAAGAUGCACCAAGAAGCAGAAAAAGUUUGGAUUCCUGAGUUGGUAAAGGUCAUAAAAGAAACAAAGGAACCUUUCUUAAAUUUCAUAUAUGAUAGUGAUCCCUUGGGGAAGAUAUUUUGGGACAAUGUGGUAUUAGUAGGGGAUGCAGCUCACCCUACUACUCCUCACUGCAUUAGAAGCACAAACAUGUCAAUAUUAGAUGCAGCAAUAUUGGGCAAAUGCCUAGAGAAGUUUGGAGCAGAAAAGCUAGAAUCUGCUUUAGAAGAAUAUGAGUUCAUAAGGGUACCAGUCACUUCCAAGCAAGUUCUGCAUGCAAGGCAUCUUGGUCGUUUAAAACAAGGUCUGGUGGUUCUCCCUGAUAGAGAACCUUUUAACCCCAAGUCAGCAAGGCCAGAGGACUGCCAGGAGCUGCUGCUGAGGAACACACCUUUUUUCAAUGAUUUGCCUUUGCCACUUGCUUCAUUUUCAUCCUCCAUUUGAUUGCCUAUAGUAGUAAAUUUUAUUGCUGCAUUGAAGAUGGAUUUGUUACUCGCCAAUCAAUACAACUAUUUGUACACUAAUAAGGUGAUUCCUAUAACUGAUGUGAUGCCUUUGGGCUUCAAACUUUAUUUUGGCUAUCAAAAAUGAUUUU